UUCCGUCAACCUUAAAUUAAACCUGUCGUGCUAAAACUGCCAAGGGCCAUAUUAUAAGACAGUUCAGUUCCCGCAGCACAAUACACAUGCUCUUCCCACCAUUAAAUCAUCGCUUAUCGUAUACGGAUCGUAUCUACGUCAACCUCCAUGAACCAAGUUCUAAUCGACAGCUGCGGAGUCUCCACUUCGCUUCGCUUUACUGAUGUGUCAUUCUUCAUCGAACCUAACAAUCCCGACGAUCACAAAUCCUCUUGCUGCGCAGGCAUAUACAGAACAGUUGAGUGCACAGAGGUGCCUCUUCGCAAUGUCAUUUCUGCCAAAGUUGCAUCUGGCGCCAUUGAAGUACAAUACCUGGUUCGCAAGGGCAAGGAGAGCCGUUUGAACCUUGUAAUGACAAGCGGCACAGUUCAGAACGAAGAUAGCGCGCGUGCCAAAAAGUGGUGUGAGGCACUACUUCUGGUUGCAUAUCAGGGCGCGAAUCCAUUCAAGAAUCUCAAGGUGCUCGUUAACCCUCAUGGCGGAAAGGGGAAGGGAAGAGCAUUAUAUGUCAGUAAAGUAGAACCCAUAUUCCUUGCAGCUGGAUGUACAUUGGAUGUAACAUACACCACCCAUAGCGGUCACGCUAUUGAAAUUGCUCGCGAAAUGAAGCUGGGAUAUGACGCCCUAGUUACUGUAUCCGGUGACGGUUUGAUCCACGAGGUUCUCAAUGGGAUAAACCAGCAUGAACACCGUGACCAGGCAUUUUGUAUACCAAUAGCACCUAUACCAACUGGCUCCGGUAACGGGAUGUCUCUUAAUCUAUUGGGCCUGAAGGAUGGGCUCGACGUUUGUGCAGCAGCUCUGAAUGUCCUUAAAGGACAACCAUUGAAAACUGAUCUAUUCGCUUUCACCCAAGGAGAUCGUUGCCGGGUAUCAUUCAUGUCACAAACUAUCGGAAUAACAGCAGAUCUCGAUAUUGAGACUGAACACUUACGAUGGAUGGGCGAUAUCCGAUUCAUCGUAGGCUAUAUCCGUGCUAUUAUUGCCCGCAAAUCGUGUCCGAUCGAGUUAUCAAUGAAGGUCGUCGAUCAAGACAAAUCACGCAUGAUGGAUGCUCUUCAUGCACGACGAGUGGGCGAAUCACCUAUCCCAUCUAGCCUUCCUAGUUCGCUCCUCAGUGACGACAAGAAACCUGAUAGUGCAAGCUCUUCACAUGAGGAGGAGUGGACCCAAUUUAAAAGACCUAUCCUGUGGAUGUACGCCGGCCAAGGGCCGUUCGUUAGUCGGGCUUUGAUGCAGUUUCCCGUCUCUUUAGCUGAUGACGGGCUUAUUGAUAUUUCCAUACAAGAAAUAACUAGUCGGAGGGCCCUCUUAUGGGCCAUGGACGGUGCCGAAGAAGGCCGAACGUACUGGAUAAAUACGAACCGGUACUUCAAAGCGUCUGCUUACCGCGCAAAGCCGCUCGCCUCCAAGGGCACGCUCGUGGUGGAUGGCGAGCAGGUUCCCUUCGAAGCGUUCCAGGUAGACGUCCUCAGCAGGCUUGGCACCUUUUUAGCUCCGUAUCCUUAUUAUGCGCCGGAGUUCCUUGUACGAGACAUCCAAGGGAAAACCUAGGGGACCAGUGUACGAUUAUAAUUUCAAUGAUACCCUUUUUGUACAUUGGAAUUGGCUAUCGACGGUGGUUGUGAUGCCUAUGCCUUACUGACUACUUUAUCCGUGAAUACAGAGUUGUUAGCAAUUUCGUCAUUACUCUUGGGUUAAACUGAUGGCAAUCUAGCCAUGUUCCUGAGUCUAGAUGCGGACAGAAAAGCGGAAU